UGGGAUUUAGGGAUAAUUUAUGUUGGCAAAGCAAAAAAGCUGAGUUAUUUUAGAUUUAUAUUUGAGGAUUUUUUUUUUUAAUUUUUUACAUAUAUUUUUGAAGGACUUUUUCAGCAGAAAAGAUAAUAAUUUAAAAAAAAAAAAAUUAAGGACUUUGUCAGCGGAAAACGCCAUUAAAAAAAAAAAAAACAUUUUAAAUCCAGUACACCAUAAAACUUGAUUUUUUUUUAAAGUAUUUUCUUACAGACCAAAACAUGGAUUAUCCAUUAUAUACACUGAGGGAAAAAUCCCGUUGCGAAAUCAAGCACGUAUGUUGUCAUUUUCGCAACGACCCGUUGUUAUAUUUUUCAACAACGGCUGUUGGUGAAUUGUGCACGAACGUGCUCAAAUUGACACCGAGACGUGGUCAACUUUCGGUACCAACAACAGCCGUGCUUAAUUUGUCCAUUUGUAAUAUUGGUAAUUGCAGCCGAUUACACACGAGUAAAAAAUGACAACGGUGGUGCAUGAUUCACACACGGUCGUUGUCAAUAUGACACCGGUCGUGUAUGAAUUAUGCACCACCACCUGCAUAAUGAUGCACCACCGUUGUUACUUUGUACACCGACGUGCAUGAAUCGUACACGAUCGUUGCCAUUUUAGCAACUACCGUGUAUGAAUCAUGCACCACCGUUGUCAUUUUUUUUACUCGUGUGCAAUCGGCUGCAUAUUUACCAUUUUUUCCGUGUUAUUGAAAGAGAAAGGACGCAUUGUGCAAAAAAUUUAUUGAAAAUGAAUAAUAAUUCGCAAGAUCCUCAAAAUAUCAUUGGUGAGUUGUUAGAAAUCGAUGGCAAUAUUGUUGUGGUUCGCGAUACAAACCAUUGCAGCAGUCAAGAUGCGGAAAACAAUGAGGACGAUUAUAUGUUAAGGGAGUUCUUAAAAGGAAUAAAUAUGGAGUCGCUUUUUGAACAAUUAAAAGGUAAGUAAAUAAAAAUGAAUUUUUCAGUUAAUCAGUGUAAUUAACAAAGAAUUUUCUUUUUUGUUCUUUUAGCAUCACAUGUAACAUUUCGCAGCUUGCAGUACUUGAAAAAAGAAGAUUUAAAGGAAGCAGUGCCACCAUUGGGACUGCGUGUUGAAUUCAGAGAAAAGCUCUUUGCUUGGAAAAAACGAAAGGUACGUAUUAUUUGUUUUACAGAGUUGAACUCAGUAUUAAUAUUGUCAUAACAAUAGCUCGGGAUUGAUGACGAAACUAUGUCAGUUCCAUCUAAAAUAGGUGAAUGGUGGAAACGCAACGAGACACCUGCAAGUACUCCUGGUACUCCCGACACUACAGGUUCGAACUGCUCAAAAGCCAAAGGAAUUUUGUCAGAGGAUCUAACGGAAUUGUUAACACAUACCUCGAAGGGGAAACUAGCGCUUGAAUGUAGUAGCGUUAAUAAGAAAUUAAGUGACGAGCAAAGAGAUGAUAUAAUUAAUAUAAUUAUUGAAGAUAUUUUAACCAACAAUGUUACUCUUUACACUCAAGACUAUAUGCGCAUAUUGGAUGAAAUUUGUUCCGUUUUUCCUCUUGAAAACGAAAUGAGGGAUUAUUAUUACAUUUCAAGAAAAGGAAAGAACAACGCAAGCGGAAAACUUUAUGCCAAGUAUAGAAACAAGAAGUCCAAAAGAAUAAAGCUUUUGAUUUCCGAGCCUAGCACAAGCAAAGCAGCAACUCACACAUCUCCUAAUUUUUGUAACAAAGAUGUUCCCGAAAUUGAUGAAUCAGUUGAAAAUUCAUUGAAAGCUUCCUUACUAAGAGAAUGUAAUGAUUGGGGAUCGAUCUGCGAAAAAUGGAAAAGAUCUUUUAACAUACGGCAAAGAGAUAUAAAAAAUUUAAGUAGCCAUACAUUUCUCCUUGAAUGGACGAAGUUGUCCGAUGCAAGAGCUUCAGAAUUGGUAAGUAGCCAUGAGCUAUUUAUUUGUAUAUGGAUACUAAUGUUUCGUUUUAGGUCAACAUUGAUUUCGAUAUUAUGUAUCCACAGAAAGGCAAUCUUCUACUUUCUAAAUGGGACCAAUUUAAGAAAAAAAUUUACAAUUAUUAUGGGAAAAAUAUUCAUAACGAACAUUGCAAACAACUCUUCGCAAAUGUUUUGACGGCAAGCAGCAUAGGUAAAUUUUAAUUCCUGAUUUAUCAUAAACAUUAAAAGUAAUAUUUAUUUUAUAUUUCGGUUGCAGAUGCUCA